UGAACCCGCGAUGUGGAGCUUGCAGCGAACCGAGAUCUUGCCACUGCACUCCAGUCUGGGUGACAGAGCGAGACUCCGUCUCAAAAGAGAAAAAAACAAAAACAAAAACUUGUCAGCUCUAUUUGCUGUAAGAACUAUAUGAGUAACAUGAAAAUGCCUGACUAGACCCUGUUCCUGUUUUUACUCUUAGCUCGUUCAAAUCUUCAUAAGUAUAAUUAACAGCAGUUUGAGUUCUGGGAUUCACACUCCAAACUACUGUUUUACUCACCCAGCUACCCUUUUCUGAAAUACUACUGGAAAACCAUACCUGUAUCAGUUUACUUCCAUUAUUUUACUUGAAGUGAAUUCCUGGACCCUGAGACAUUAGACCAAGGCUAAAAAUAAAAAUAAAAGAAUCAAUCAACCCUGAGUUUUGGUAUUACUGCUUUCAAGUCAUGGAUCUGCCUCCUCAUAGGUAAAAUUUGCAAAAUAUCACCCGCCGUGUGUGCCUCAGAACUGUUAUGGAUUAAGGAAGAGAACAAUGUUUAUGAAAACGUUUUGUAAAUUAUACAAAUGUGGGACAUAAUGUUCCUGGUAACUGUAUGCAAACAAUAAGACAAAAAAACAAACGCAAAAGCCUUUUUAACUUGUUGCAGUUUUCCUGCCCGGUGUCCGCUCCGUGAAUGAGCAGCGUGCAGCGAGCAUGUGCGCGCAGUUGCGGUUCCAUCAACGCCACACUGCUCGGCUUACGGACAGGGAAACCUGCCAUCGCGCGCCGGCCGCCUGCCGAGCGAGGCUCACCGUUCCACUGGGGUCAGUGGGCUAUUGACUCCCAGCCUGGGUGAAACCGGAGCUUCCGAGUCACGUGGCGCGAGAAGACAAACCAGGCUGCUCGGGGUUUCCCGUAGCUUUCCCCUAGCUUCCUGGCGAUUCAUAUUCUGGCGCUUACCCCUCCCUUUGGUCGGGCGGAACCCAAUCCCCGCCUGACAAGUAAGUCCCGCCGGCCGGACGCGGUGGCGCGCGCCUGUGGUCCCAGCUGCUCGCGGUGCUGAGGCGGGAGAGUCACCUGAGCCCGGGAGGUCGGGGGCUGCAUGGAACCGUGAUCGCACCACCGCACUCCAGCCUGGGCAACUGAGCGAGACCCUGCCUCCAAAAAUAAGAAUAAAGAAGAAAAAAAAAAAAAAAAAAAGAACUGCGGCCCCAUUGGCCUGACUCUCCUGAACAGCCUAGCUGUCUCCGACCAGUUACGGAGGAGGCGGCCUUGAGAGGGUAGUGCCAUUGGCUCGAUGUCCUGCCCUUCCGAAACCUGUCUUUAGCUUCCAAUCAGGACUCAGCUUUGGGAAGAGCGCCACGCGGUGGGCGAGAGGAUGCCCCAGUAAAUCCGCAGGCGACACCAAACCCUGGGGAAGAUUUACUAUAGCUAAGAGAAAACUGAAGCAGAAAGGGCGCGGCUACCUACUUCUUCAAUUCCGUUUGUGGACCCUCAGACUCAGUCCCCCACUCCCAGAUACAGCGGCCCUACCGUGGCUCCUGGCAAGAAGCAUGGAUCUCGGAAUCCCUGACCUGCUGGACGCGUGGCUGGAGCCCCCAGAGGAUAUCUUCUCGACAGGAUCCGUCCUGGAGCUGGGACUCCACUGCCCGCCUCCAGAGGUUCCGGUGACUAGGCUACAGGAACAGGGACUGCAAGGCUGGAAGUCCGGUGGGGACCAUGGCUGUGGCCUUCAAGAGAGUGAGCCUGAAGAUUUCUUGAAGCUUUUCAUUGAUCCAAAUGAGGUGUACUGCUCGGAAGCAUCUCCUGGCAAUGACAGUGGCAUCUCUGAGGACCCCUGCCGUCCAGACAGUCCCCCUGCCCCCAGGGCAACCAGUUCUCCUCCACUCUAUGAGGUUGUCUAUGAGGCAGGGGCCCUGGAGAGGAUGCAGGGGGAAACUGGGCCAACUGUAGGCCUCAUCUCCAUCCAGCUAGAUCAGUGGAGCCCAGCAUUUAUGGUACCUGAUUCCUGCAUGGUCAGUGAGCUGCCCUUUGAUGCUCAUGCCCACAUCUUGCCCAGAGCAGGCACCUUAGCCCCAGUGCCUUGUACAACCCUGCUGCCCUGUCAAACCCUGUUCCUGACGGAUGAGGAGAAGCGUCUGCUGGGGCAGGAAGGGGUUUCUCUGCCCUCUCACCUGCCCCUCACCAAGGCAGAGGAGAGGGUCCUCAAGAAGGUCAGGAGGAAAAUCCGUAACAAGCAGUCAGCUCAGGACAGUCGGCGGCGGAAGAAGGAGUACAUUGAUGGGCUGGAGAGCAGGGUGGCAGCCUGUUCUGCACAGAACCAAGAAUUACAGAAAAAAGUCCAGGAGCUGGAGAGGCACAAUAUCUCCUUGGUAGCUCAGCUCCGCCAGCUGCAGACGCUAAUUGCUCAAACUUCCAACAAAGCCGCCCAGACCAGCACUUGUGUUCUGAUUCUUCUUUUUUCCCUGGCUCUCAUCAUCCUGCCCAGCUUCAGUCCAUUCCAAGGUCGACCAGAAACUGGGCCUGAGGAUUACCAGCCUCACGGAGUGACUUCCAGAAAUAUCCUGACCCACAAGGACAUAACAGAAAAUCUGGAGACCCAAGUGGUAGAGUCCAGACUGAGGGAGCCACCUGGAGCCAAGGAUGCAAAUGACUCAACAAGGACACUGCUUGAGAAGAUGGGAGGGAAGCCAAGACCCAGUGGGCGCAUCGGGACGGUGCUGCAUGCAGAUGAGAUGUGAGCUGGAACAGACCUUCCUGGCCCACUUCCUGAUCACAAGAAGGAAUCCUGGGCUUCCUUACGGCUUUGCUUCACACUGGGAUUCCUACUUAGGUGUCUGCCCUCAGGGGUCCAAAUCACUUCAGGAUACCCCAAGAGAUGUCCUUUAGUCUCUCUCCGCCUGAGGCCCAGUCUGCAUUUGUUUGCAUAUAUGAGAGGGUACCUCAAAUACUUUUGUUAUGUAUCUAUGAUUUUAUUUCUUCUUUGGGGAUAGGGUUGAGGGGAAAUAAGUUUUGAGUGACAAAUAAACAUUUUAACUGAAAUUGUA